GAUCAUUGGAGAUCGAAUUGGAGAAGAAGAUGGGAACGGAGGUGGGGCAGUGGUUAGAGGAAGCGCUCCUUGAUCUCUGCGGGAAACCGGAGACCGGUUUAAAUUUCGAUCGUGAUGUAAUCUCCGGUCUAGUCUCCUACUGCGAUCUCGCUCAGCCUGUCGAUGCCAAGGAGUAUCUCGACAAUAUUAUCGGAAAAGAAGGCAAAAGCGUCAUUGCAGAAUAUCUACAGCGAAGAGGAUACAAAGAACCAUCCAGCCACGUGGCAAACACUUCAGGAGGUCCUGAACUGCAGAUGUACGUUAAACCAAAAUUUGAUUAUGUCGCUUCUAGUGGAACCAAGAAGCCGUUGAAAACAACACCAAAAGAGGGAACAUCUUCUAAUCAGCAACCUGGAACCGCGAAAGCAACAGCCCCGGCCCCGGCCCCUAAAGUUAACCCUAAGAAGAAAAAAGGGGGGAAAGUGAUAUCACUAGCAGAAGCAGCUAAAGGAUCGAUAGUGUUUCUGCAAGGCAAACCGUGUGCUUGCCAAGCUCGUAGGCACAGGUUAGUGAGCAACUGCUUGUCCUGCGGGAAGAUUGUGUGCGAACAAGAAGGAGAAGGGCCUUGCAGUUUCUGCGGAGCGCUUGUGCUUAAAGAAGGAAGUACGUACGCUGGGCUAGAGGAAGGGUUUACUCCAGUGUCUGAUGCUGAUGUGGCAGCUGAAGCUUAUGCCAAAAGGCUUGUGGAGUAUGAUAGAAACUCUGCCGCACGUACAACGGUUAUUGAUGACCAGAGUGAUUACUACGAGAGUGAGGGUAGUAAAUGGGUUUCUCAAGAGGAGAAAGAGCUUUUGAAGAAGAAGCGUGAGGAGAUUGAAGAAGCUGAACGAGCCAAAAAGAGCAAAGUGGUUAUGACAUUUGAUUUAGUCGGCCGUAAGGUACUGUUAAACGAAGAUGAUAUAUCAGAACUAGAAUCAGGGAACAGGAUUCUGGGACCACCCGAGACUAGACCCGUGAACAGAAUAAAACCGAACCCAACGGCAAAAUUCGUUCCAAUCUUCUUAGAUCCUGGACCAACGGAGAAGAAGACAACAAACAUGGGUAGCUCCUCCAAGAGAGACAACAAGAAAAACCGGAACGGGUUGUGUUUGGAGAUCACAGGAAGGGUACAACAUGACAGGAGCGAACUUAAGUACUUACAAGCGGAUCCAUCAUCAGUAAUAGAUGGGCUUCAUGUAGAAGAUGGUGGUGAAUGUUCCUUAGAUUACGACUGAUUCUUUUGUUUUCAGUUUUCUAUAAACUGUACAAGUCCCGGUUUAUUGUUUCCGGUUUACCGAACCGGAUACUUUCUUCUUCAGUUUUAAAAGUCGACAAUAUUUUAUCA